AAGUGAAAGAGAUCAUCUUCUUCUUUGAUAGAUAAGUAUCCUAGAAGAGGUAUAAUUAAGUACUGAAUCUUAAUCAAGGAUCAUGUCUCACAUCGCUGUUGAGAGGAAUCGAAGAAGGCAAAUGAACGAGCACCUUAAAUCCCUUCGUUCUUUGACUCCUUGUUUCUAUAUCAAAAGGGGAGACCAAGCUUCGAUAAUUGGAGGAGUGAUAGAGUUCAUAAAAGAGCUGCAGCAAUUGGUCCAAGUUCUUGAGUCCAAGAAACGUAGAAAGACAAUAAACCGACCUUCUUUUCCUUAUGAUCACCAAACAAUUGAGCCAUCCAUUUUAGCCGCCUCCACCACCCGGGUACCGUUUAGUCGAAUCGAGAAUGUAAUGACCACGAGUACUUUCAAGGAGGUAGGAGCAUGCUGCAACUCUCCUCAUGCUAACGUAGAAGCCAAGAUCUCAGGCUCUAACGUUGUAUUGAGAGUUGUCUCUAGGCGAAUCGUGGGCCAGCUCGUGAAGAUCCUCUCUGUCUUGGAGAAGCUAUCGUUUCAGGUUCUCCACCUCAACAUAAGUAGCAUGGAGGAGACGGUCUUAUACUUUUUCGUUGUUAAGAUAGGACUGGAGUGUCACUUAAGCUUAGAGGAACUAACUCUUGAAGUUCAGAAAAGCUUUGUACCUGAAGGGAUCGUCGUCUCUACCAAUUAAGACCAAAAAACUAAAUGUACUACAACAGAGUGUAUCGUUUUUUUGGGUUUAAUUAUCAUGUAUCGUUACAUGAGCAUACGUUCUUGAUACUUAGCCAGAAAUAAUUAAGCUCCUCUAAACUUUUUUUUAGAAAACACUUACGUUUUACGUAGUUUGUUUUUCGUAUCUGAUCUUGAUCAAAGUUGUAAUUUCCCAUAAAUAAAUGAUUACAGUUUUAUGUUC